AUGCCAGACCCAGAUUGGUGGGGGCAAGAAAUACUGCGACGAGCCGGUACUGCACCAUUGUGGAUAAAAUGCACACAGAUUGAAAGGUAUGCCCAGCAGACGGUGAUACAGCUUCUCCUUACAGUUCUCGACACGCGGUGGGAUAGAGUGGAGAGGCUUUAUGUUCGCAGCGCUAUCAUUGACGACCAGGGAGAGUCAAUGGCGCAUCACCUUUGGGAAUGUUUACUCAAACGGGCACCUUCAUUGAAGCAAUUGGGUCUUUAUAUAUCUGGUCGAGAGAAUGCACCUCUCAGCAGGCCGCUGCUGGGAGACUCUGCGCCAUUGUUAAAGGUGCUUAGAAUAAACAGGCUCACGUUCAGUGUUCAGGCACCUUGGUUAAGUGGUCUACGCUCCCUCACAAUUGGAUCCACUACCCCCUCGGACCUUCUUCAGGUGCUCGAAGGAAUUUCACAUCUAGAGGCCUUACGAGUAGAUGAUAUUUGUGACGAUGGAGAGGCAGAUGUGGGUGAUAAACCUUCGUUACCAUCUGUUCUUCGGCUUCGACAUCUGGAGCAGUUUGAUAUCAGUGCUUCGCAACUUACACCUUGCUCUACAUUUUUGAAACAGAUCACAACCUCGUCCAAAUGUUCUUCUGUAAGCUUGCGCUUUCUUAUUCCUAAGAAAGACUCUUCACGGAAUAUCCUGCCUGGCCUUUUGCUUCCGUUUUCGCAAUUUCUGGACCGUUACCUCGCAUUUUUUCCUGAGAGCGCCAUGUCGAUGACACAUACCCCAGAUGCCUUCACAUUAUCAUCUUCUGAGCCUAACAACUCUAACUCAUUUAUGUUAACCAUUUGUUUCGAAGGGAAAUACUCGUUCACCGCCUAUCUGCUUGCAAUUAUCUUGGGUACAUUUACUUCAGGAAUGCCGAAAGUGGUAUCCAUGAAGUUUGGAACGUUCAGAACGACACAACAGGUAGUCGAGACCAUCAUAUCAUUUCUUCCCAGGUUCACCUCUCUGAUUACACUCGAAGCCGACGAACGCUUUAUACUACGUCUGAUGGAGGAGAAGGAAAAUCACACUGGACUUCUUUUGCCAACUCUACGCACUAUUAACAUUAAUGCAUUCAAUGUCUCAUUUUUUGGAAGCUUUGGUGGUAUCGACGAAGAAAAUCGCUCUCCGCUCGUCGAUUACCUUGUGCUCCGCAUGGUGCGGGGGAGCCCAAUCGGUGUCCUUGAUCUCACACAAUGCCCAGAUUUGGACGUCAGGGCUUUAGUUCCUGUCCUUGAAAAUUCAAACCUUGCAGGGUUAAAUGUCCUAUGGGCACGAUAUAGCAUGUCCGGCGUUCGCCAGAGAUUUCAACACAUGGACAUCUCGACCAUUGACAUGUCCGAGUAUCUCUGA